UGCAGGUCUUGCUAUCACGCGAUGAACAACUACCUAGUGUCUCAUUCAUUGUUAGCAUAGCAAAGCUUGCUCUGAUGUUUGAUACCGGAGCUAUUGUUGCAUUAUAUUCAGGUGAUAAGAAGCUUGCUGAAAGUUUACAGACAUAUUUGUUGUCAAGAGAUCUUUCGAAUUUGAAAUUAGAGUUUCAAAGAGGAAAUGGGAAGAUUAAGGUAGAUUGUUUUGAGAAUCAGCUACCAGUUGAGUUGGAGUUAGAAAAGCAUGUCUUUCUCAGUGCAGCAGAUUACUACUCGAGAAACAAUGAACUGAUGGACUAAAUGUCAGAUUAUUUGGCUUGUAUUUCCCUCGAUUCUUCCCUCACAGUUCCUGCAAUUGAUUCCUUCCUGAAGAUUUUACAACUCAUUUCGCUUGAGCAACAUUCAUAUUGGUACUUCAACAAUUUAAUUUAUAAACCAUAUGUAAUCACUUGCUACACGUGUG